GCAGGGAAGGAGAGACUCUCCAAGCUUGCAAUCCUAGACACACUCCUACAAAGAAAAGAACCACUUAGUGAGGCUGAAGAAGUGGUGAAGAACAUGCUACUCGAACUGUUGUUCUAAGUUUAUUUGCUUCCUGUUUAUUUGAAUCUUGUUUAUUUGCUUCCUGUUUAUUAGUUGUUGUGUUUAAAUGCUUGAAAUGACUGUAGUACCACUCUCUGUUUGCUUCAGCUUUAAUAUUAAUGUAGUUCAUAUAUUAAUCCUGCAUUUUUUUCCACUUGCAAUGUCUUUCAGUCUUUUUUAUAUAUUUUUUAUCUUUGUUUGCACUGGUUUCUCACAUAUGUUUUAUCUAUGUUUUAUCUAUGUUAGAGAAUGUUUUAUCUAUGUUUAAUAUGUGUGUGGUUUUAUUUAUUAUUUGCACAGGUUUCUCACAUAUAAAAUGUUUUGGUGAAUUUUUUUCAGGUUAAGAGAGCAAUGGGACGUCGUUAUAGCUAUAGUCAGCCAUCAGAGUCCGAGGACUAUGGUGGGAACUCAAGAAACAGCAGUGGGUAUCUCUACAGAGGAGCUCAUUUGGAGUGAUCAAGCAGAGCUAGGCCACUCAGAGUUCCCCGAACCACAUCAGUAUCCUCCUCAACCCGAAGUCGAGUUUGGUUUCCCACAAAUCUGCUACUGUGGAGCUCAACCUAUUCUUGCUACAAACCGCUCUGAUCCAGGCAGAAGAUAUUACACAUGUGAGAACAUUGAUGAUGGCGAGUGUCAUGUUUGGAAGCCAUGGGACCUCGCGGUUAUGGAGGAGAUGAGAGCAAGGGAUAGACACACACUUGAGCUCGCUGAAAAGGUUGACUCUCUAACCAUUAUGAGUGACUAUGAAACAGAGCAGAAGGUGGCUAAGUUAGAGUUGAUUGUUUCUGAGCUAGGUAACAAGAAUUCUAGGUUAAACAAGAGAUUUGACAUGGUUGUUGGUUUAGUGUUCGUUCUUCUUGUGGAAAUAGGUUUGGUUGUAAUGUUUAAGUAACAAUGUAUAAUGUGGUAUUUUGAGUGUUUAAGUAACAAUGUAUAAUGUUUAAGUGUCUGUUUAUGUGUCUGUUUUUGUACAAGUAUUAUAAGCUGUGUUUUUAUUGUAAUUAGCUCGGAUGAAUAUGUAAUAGUUUAUGUGUCUGUUUUUGUACAAGUAUUAUAAGCUGUGAUGUCGGCAAGUAUUAAUUUUGUACACAAGCAACCCUUGACCCCUAUAUCCCAACAAAACAACAAACUCGUGUCACAAGCAAUCCGUGACCCCUAUAUCCCAACAAAACAAACUAGUGUCACAAGGUACAUGACAUCACGGGUGAGACAUAGGCUAGUAAAAUAUCUACUCACUAUCACACUAUAAGUAGAAGAGAACUUCAUCACAUUUACUUCACAACUUCAUCCGUCUUCUAUCUCUCUAAAAAAUCAGAUUAAAAAUUAAGUUUUGUUUUUCAUUUCAAAUGGCUGGUUCAUCACAUUAUCAUUACCAUAAAAAUGAUGAAGAUGAUGCUGAAUUUGAAUCUCUAUUUGAAGAAUUAUUAGAAAUCCCCGAAAUAUUGUCCGAACCCAAAAACAGAAAAAACGUAUUUUUAUUGAAAGACACCGGGAAGAAGGCGACAUCCAGCUAUGGAAUGAUUAUUUUUCUGAAACUCCUACAUAUCCUUCCAAUAUAUUCUGCCGACGGUUUCGAAUGAGCAAGUCAUUGUUCAUGCGGAUUGUGCAUCGCCUCUCUACGGAAGUGGAGUAUUUUGCUGCAACGGAAGAUGCAGUCGGAAGGCGUAGUCUAUCACCGCUCCAGAAAUGCACAGCAGCAAUACGUCAAUUAGCAUAUGGGGGUGGGGCUGAUACGGUGGACGAAUAUGUCCGACUUGGUGAAUCAACAGCUCGGAAUUGCUUGCACAAUUUUACUGCCGCAAUCAUCGACUUGUUUGGCGAUGAGUACCUAAGACGUCCAACACCCGACGAUCUUGAAAGGCUACUACACAAGGGAGAAGAAUGUGGAUUUCCCGGGAUGAUUGGAAGCAUCGACUGUAUGCACUGGGAGUGGAAGAAUUGCCCCACCUCUUGGAAAGGUAUGUAUUCCCGAGGAACUGAUAAACCAACUAUUGUGUUGGAGGCCGUGGCUUCUUAUGACCUCUGGAUAUGGCACGCCUUUUUUGGAGCUUCAGGUACUAUGAACGAUCUUAAUAUUCUUGAUCGAUCACCUGUUUUUGAUGACAUUAUUAACGGAAUUGCUCCCGAAGUCAAUUACAAUGUCAACGGCAGGGAGUACGAUUUGGCCUAUUAUCUUACAGAUGGUAUUUAUCCAGAAUGGACGACAUUUAUUAAAUCUAUUAGUCUCCCACAAGGUGAAAAAGAUUCAUUAUUUGCAAAAAGACAGGAAUCUGCCCGAAAAGAUGUUGAGCGUGCCUUCGGAGUCCUGCAAGCUAGAUUCGCCGUUAUUAAAAAUCCAUCAAAGUUAUGGAGUAAAUCGAAGAUAGCAAAAAUUAUGAGAGCUUGUAUCAUACUCCAUAAUAUGAUUGUCGAAGAUGAAGAACGUACGGAUACUCGAGAUGAGACAUUUCACGAUCAGGAUAUUUCUUUUUGCGUCAAGAUGCCUACUGAGCUUUUCGAUGCACUUGAUCGCCGAGCUACAGUUCGGGAUAGACCAGUUCAUAGACAACUAAAACAUGAUUUGAUCGAACAUCUAUGGGAUAAAUUUGGAGAUGAAUAAUAACUUUUUAUCUUUAACUUUUUUAUGAAUUGAAUAAAAAUAUUGUAAUUUGCAUUUUUAAUGUUUUUUCAACUUUGUAAUUUUUUUUCCAACUUUGUAAUUUUUUUUUUAACUUUGUACUUUCUUAUGUUUUCAAUUAUCUAUUUUAUAUGUUUUAUUUGCUACACAAAUAAUUAAAAAAAUAAAAAUUAAAACUAAGAACCAAAAAAGGUUUCUACUAAUAAUCUUCCUUUCUAAUCAAGUUUAUUAACAAAGUUUCUUAACCUAAUUUUUACCUUAAGAAACAAAAAAAGUUUAUAGCAUUGCUGAUGCUCUAAGAGCAUCCUUAUCGCACGUCUUUAGUGGGUUUCUACUGCUAAUUAUCAUUAAAAAGAAGAUCAAAAAGAUAAAUAAACAGGAGAGGCGUUCUUUAUUUGGGGUAAGGCAAGAGACGUUUAUUCACGACACGUGUGGGAAAAGUGAGAGGAGAGAGGAGGAGUGUGGCUUCGGUUUCGUGAUCUGGCUCUGUUCUUUCUCUUUCUCCGAAACCUCUCCAUCUUCGUCUUCUCUCUCAGAGGCGAUUUUCUCCGUCUCCGUGGUUCCUCGACGAAACGGCGGUACUCUCUGUCUCUGUGGCUCGUCGGCUUCCUUGAAUCGUGUCUUUCCGUGGCUCGUCGAUGAAACGAAGAGUCUCUCUCUUCGUGGCUCCUCGAUCGAUGGACCUCUCUCUCUUCGUGCCUCCUAGAGUUCAUCGCCGAUUGGGUAAUCUCCCUCUCCGUGGGUCUCCUCGACGGUGAAGGACGGCUCUGUCUCUGGAGAUACUUGAAUCGAAAGGUUCGAUUUGGUCUGGCGGUGGCUCUCGUCAACGGCGAGGGAGGUCUCUGUCGAAGGCUCUCCGCGAAUCGUUCAGAUGAAGGGAUCAACUCCCGUUUGAUAUGUUCAGUGGAAAGAGUGCUUGGGAAGGUUCAUCAAUACGGUCAUUGGACAAAGGAAUACACAGCAUCACGGGUUAGUCUUUCUCUAUUUCCUCUGCUAUGAAAUUAAAAGGUCUAGCUUGUUGUCUGUAAUGAAAUGGUGUAGCUUGUCGUCUGUAAUGAAAUGGUGUAGGUUCUGGUGAAUUCAAUUUAGGGUAAUUAAUGGUGCUUUAGCCGUAGAUUAUGGUUGUCUCACAGUAAUAAAUGGAAUUGAUUGUCUUAUUUGUGCUAGUUCAAAUUGAAAAAGCAUUGUUUGUUGUUAGAUAUAUGUCAAGUCAUAAAAUGAGAAGUGUUGUUUCCAGCUGGGUGUAAAAGAUGAUUAAAUUAGAUAGCGUUGUUGGUUGGGUGUGUUGAAUGUCACAGAGCUUUGUUUAUUUAAAGCUCUGCCUUAUCGUUCUUUCUCCAACAUAUGUAUGCGGCUUCUAGUUCCUUCUCCUCCUUCUCCUCUAUCUCCUCCUUCUCCUUUUUCUCCUUUAUCUCCUCCUUCUCCUCUAUCUCCUCCUUCUCCUCUUUCUCCUCUCUCCUUGACUUGGAAAAUGGAUUUCAAUCCAUUUCAGGACUCGGCAAAUUUUGUUGACUUACUUAAUAGUCAACAAAAUGUUGUCUUUGGCAGUCAGGGAAGUGUUUCACUCUCUUCCUCGCAACCCCCGUUCGUAGCCAGUCAACGUAACGACCUUCCAGCUGAGCGUAAGGAACGAAGGACGUGGACGGUCACAGAAGAUAUAGUGUUUAUUAGCGCGUGGUUGAACACGAACAAAGAUCCGAUUGUAGGCAAUGAGCAAAGGGGAGACUCUUUCUGGAUAAGAGUAGCAACAUACUUCUCGGCUAGUCCCAAGGUUGCUGAGAGUGAUAAAAGAGGGCGUACUCAAUGCAAGCAACGUUGGCACAAGCUGAAUGAAGCAGUUUGCAAGUUUUGUGGGGCGUAUGAAGCAGCAACCAGAGAGAAAAGCAGUGGUAUGAAUGAUAAUGAUGUUCUCAAAUUAGCCCACGAAAUCUACUUCAACAACCAUAAAAAGAAUUUCAUACUUGAACAUGCUUGGAACUCUCUUCGCAAUGACCAGAAGUGGUGUCAACUCUCUACAGAGAAAAAUGAUAGCAGCUCCAAAAGGAGAAAGUUUGUGGAUGGUUCACAUUCUGUAAGCUCUCAGAUGAAUGAAAAUGAUGCUGCUGUAGAUGGUGAUGAAGGUCGUCCCUUGGGUGUUAAGGCGGCAAAAAAGCGUGGGAAGAAGGCGGUCGUUGAGGGGAAGGAGCGGGAAGAUUUUGAUCAUAUGUGGGAACUGAAGAAAGAGGAUUUGAUCCUGAAGCAAUCGCUCUCGAAGAUGAACCUACUUUCCCAACUUCUUGCAAAACAAGGAGACCUAGAUGAUGCAGAAGAAGUUCUGAAGAAGAAGCUCAUAGAAGCGUUGGUGUCUGCAGGGAUCUAAGUGUAACUUCUCGGUUAUGUUUUUCUUUUGCGUGUCAGCUUAAUCUAAGUGUAGCUCUCGGUUAUAUUGAUCAAAAGCUCAUAGAAGUGUUCUUGCUUGUCUUAAAAAAUGUCUUGUUUCUUGCUUGUUCUUCAUAUAAAUAUUAUGUCUCUGUCUUGUUCUUGAUACUGAUUUCAUCUCUCUAUCUUGUUCUUGUGACUUUCAGGAGCGUUGGGAGUGGAAGAAGCUUCCAGUACUGGAUACUGAUUUCAUAUCCUUGUCUUGUUCUUGAUACGCAUGUGUAGUGUAGUACUUUUCUAGUCACAGACUUAUGUAUGCAUGUGGAGUCUACUACUCUAGUCUUGUCUUUUUCUUGUUUAGUGUAGUCACGGACUGGUGUGGAGUCUAGUAUAGUCUUGUCUUUUUCUUGUUUAGUGUAGUCACGGACUGGUGUGUGUCUUUUUGUAACCUUAUGUAGUCACGGAGUGGUGUGUGUCUUUUUCUUGUUUAGUGUAGUCACGGAGUGGUGUGUGUCUUUUUGUAACCUUGUGACACCACAAUCUCUAUAUAUAACAACUUAAUGUUCUCUCUUCUCACCAUACAAAACGAGGAAAACAUUAGAUCAAACAAACUUCAUUUUCAAUCCUUCUCACCAUCAAAACAUUUGAUCAAACCAACAUCAUUUUCUAUCUGUGUGAUCAAACCAACGAUCAUUUUCCCUCUUCUUGUUUGGAUCAUAAAUAUGACUUCUUCUUCUCAAAACAAUUUUCAAGAUCCAAUGGAUGAUGCAUUUGAUGAAGCUUUUGAUCAAUAUUUUGAGCAAACUUUUGAGAAAUUUACCGAUCGUCUUCAAGAAGAAACAAGGAAAGAAAGGAAAAAAAGAAUUUAUAUCGAAAGAAAUCGCGAAGAAGGGCAUAUUCACUGAUGGAAUGAUUAUUUCAGUGAUACUCCCACGUAUCCCGAAAAUUUGUUCCGACGACGUUUUAGAAUGAACAAGUCAUUGUUUAUGCGCAUUGUUGAUCGUCUCUCCAACGAAGUUCAAUACUUUCAACAAACGCAUGAUGGUCUCGGAAGGAUCAGUCUCUCUCCCAUUCAAAAGUGUACUGCAGCCAUUCGUGUCUUGGCAUAUGGUUCUGCGGCUGAUACGGUCGACGAAUACCUCCGGCUAGGUGAAACAACAACUCGGUUAUGUGUGGAACAUUUCGUGGAAGGAAUAAUAAAUUUGUUUAGCGAUGAGUACCUAAGAAGACCAACACCGGCUGAACUUCAACGUCUACUUCAUGCUGGAGAGUACCGUGGAUUCCCCGGGAUGAUAGGAAGCAUCGAUUGUAUGCAUUGGGAGUGGAAGAAUUGUCCCACCGCUUGGAAAGGGCAAUAUUCUCGUGGUUCAGGUAAACCAACAAUCGUUUUAGAAGCGGUUGCUUCAUACGAUCUCUGGAUAUGGCAUGCAUUUUUUGGACUUCCAGGUACAUUAAAUGAUAUCAAUGUUCUCGAUCGUUCACCUGUUUUUGAUGACAUAAUUCAAGGUUAUGCUCCGAAUGUCACAUUUUCUGUCAAUGGAAGACAGUAUCAUAUGGCUUACUAUCUCACCGAUGGUAUUUAUCCGAAAUGGGCAACUUUUAUCCAAUCAAUUUCUUUACCACAAGCGCCGAAAGCAGUUUUAUUUGCUCAGCGUCAAGAAGCUGUCCGAAAAGAUGUCGAGCGUGCUUUUGGAGUCUUGCAAGCUCGCUUUGCCAUUGUUAAAAAUCCGGUGCUCUUUUGGGAUAAAGUUAAAAUAGGGAAGAUUAUGAGAGCAUGUAUCAUACUCCAUAAUAUGAUAGUAGAAGACGAACGAGAUGGAUACUCUCUAAAUCAUGUUUCAGAGUCUUUCCAAGGAGAAGAAAACGGAAGUUCACAUGUUGAUCGCGAUAUUGAUAGAGAUAUCCCUUCAAAUAUCGCAAAUAUGAUGGAUGCUCGAGCAAGAAUUCGUGAUAACCCAAUACAUCACCAACUGAAAUAUGAUUUAGUUGAGCAUAUAUGGGAUAAAUUUGGCGGAUGAAGACGACAACUAAGCUCGAAUGUUUUUUUCAAAUUAUUGUCGUUUAUUUUACUAAUCUUUGUUUUUAUGUUUUUAUUUAAAAAUCUAUGUUUAAAUGUUAUCUUUUUUUAUCUUUUAAUUAAAAAUUUCUAAUAAAAUAAGUUUAAUAAUUUUUUAUUAUUAAGAAACCUUAAAUUGAAGAUUUGCAAUGCAUGACACAAAAUCUCAAGGUUUUAACUAUGUCUCUUAUUCAACUUUUCUCCUUAAAUACUAUUAAAAAAAAGAUUAAAAGACACCUAAUGUGUUUCUAGGAUAAGGGUGCUCUAAGCUCACUAGUCUCCUACUGCAUUUUUGCCUGUUGUUGCCUACUCUCUUCAGCUUGCUCUUCCCAUGCACACGUUUUUAAUAAUUUUUAUAUAAUUUCAGUCAAAUAUGUAAUCUUGUUUUUCCCCUUUUAAUUUACUUUUAAAUCCAUUUAUUUUUUGAAAACUAUUGCAAUAUCAAUUCCUU